CUCAUUUCCUGAUUGGCUGACUGGAAGCUGCGUGGUUUCACAGAAAACACGGCUCAUGGUAUCCAAGUCCGCUGUACGUCCCGUUAACACUUUAAAACUACUCUUGUUUAAUUGGUGUUUCCACGUGCCCAAUCAAUCAUGGAAUUAUUGGUUCGAUAUCUGGAACGGAGCAAUUCAAUCAGCUCAACUAUGACUCAAGACGCCGUUAAAGAGGAGAAGCUGAGGGACGACCUGAAGUACUACUUCAUGAGCCCGUGUGAGAAGUACAGAGCCCGACGACACGUACCCUGGAAACUGGGGGUGCAGAUCCUGAAAAUUGUCAUGAUCACCACACAACUCAUCUUGUUCGGUCUCAACAACCAGCUGGUGGUGUCCUAUAAGGAGGAGAACACCAUGGCCUUCAAAAAUCUGUUCCUGAAGGGCUACAGCGGGGUGGAUGAGGAUGACUACUGUAUUGCUGUCUACACGCAGCAAGAUGUCUACAACAGUCUGUUUUAUGUCCUGGAUCAGUACAGCCAGUUGGGCCGGCUCUCUGUGGGUCCCAUCAGUUACGCCAAGGAUGAAGACGGCGGCCUGCUUCCUGUCGUCAUCUGCAAGGAGCUCUACAGGAGAGGCAGUGUGGAGCCCUCAGACGAGGCCUUUGACAUAGACGCACAGGUGGAGACAGUUUGUAUGCCACAUGAUCCAUUGACUGCAGACAAAUGGAAAAUCCAGAAUUCAUCCUUUUUUGAACUGGACUUUUACAGGCUUGUUGACAUCAAAAUAACCUUCCAGCUGAAGGGGAUCAACCUACAGACAGUGCGCUCACGGGAGUUACCUGACUGCUACUCUUUCUAUAUUACGGUAACAUUUGACAACCAGUGUCACAGUGGAAAAGUGAAAAUAUUCCUGGACAUAGACUCUCAGAGCAGCGCAUGCCAAGACUGGAAGAUAUCUGGGACCGCUCAGAAGAACACACACUAUCUUCUGGUGUUUGAUGCCUUCGUCAUUCUGGUUUGCCUUACAUCAGCUGUGCUGUGCGCCCGCUCCAUCAUACUGGCUGUCAGGUUACUACAGAGAUUCUCCAGAUUCCUCCAUGAGAACUACAACCGUAAAGUGUGUGAGGACGACCAGAGCGAGUUCCUUAACGGCUGGUAUGUGCUGGUCAUUGUCAGCGACCUCUUGGCCAUAGUUGGAUCCGUACUGAAGAUGGAAAUACAAGCAAAGAGUCUAACGAGUUAUGAUGUGUGCAGCAUCUUUCUGGGAACAUCUACAUUAAUGGUGUGGGUCGGCGUGAUCAGGUAUCUGGGUUACUUCCAGAAAUACAAUGUGCUGAUUUUAACCAUGAAAGCAGCCUUCCCCAAAGUCCUGCGAUUCUGCUGCUGUGCCGGCAUGAUCUACCUUGGCUACACCUUCUGCGGCUGGAUCGUACUGGGGCCGUACCAUGAGAAGUUUGAGGGUCUGAGUCGCGUGUCGGAGUGCCUGUUCUCCCUGGUGAACGGUGACGACAUGUUCACCACCUUCGCCCAGCUGAAGGACAAAAACACUUUGGUGUGGCUCUUCAGCAGGGCUUACCUCUACUCCUUUAUCUCCCUGUUCAUCUACAUGGUGCUGUCACUCUUCAUCGCCCUCAUCACCGAUGCCUAUGAGACCAUCAAGAACUACCAGAAGGAUGGAUUCCCGCUGACAGAUCUGCACAAGUUCCUCAGAGAGCAGAGUGAUUUUGCUGUUGCAGAGGAGAGCAGUCAGACAGACAAUCAGGUCCGAUACUCGAUGUUCUGCUGCUGUGAAAGACGUCCUGAAAGUGACAACGUGAUACUCAUCAGCUGACAGACAUCUCAUCUCCAGAUGAAACUGAUCUGGGAAGAGGAGGAGGGAGAUGCUGGGAACAGAACUUCACAUGUCUGAUACAGACUUUGAGAUCAAAGGACCCACUGGAAAAUCCUGGAAAGUGUCAAGUUAUUGUUCCAGCAGAUAGAUUUUGAAGAUAGAUUUCAAGUGAAGUGCAAUAUAAAACAACACAUGAGUUCCCUCUCUUGGACAUGAACCUGAAGCUCAAAUGUUGGAACUUGGACCAAAACAAAGAGAUUUCACAUGUUGUUGAACAGUACAUGUUGGAGCUCAGGAUAUUGUUGAGAAGCUUACCGGGCCUUUUUUGUGGCAUACACAUGUGUUUCAGUUGCCAAAGAACUGGAUUCAAUAUUUGAAUGUUUCCGUAAACUCCAGUGUUAUGCAACGUCAUGCAGUACUAGAUGUAAUUUAUUUGUCAGGUGUUUGUUUGUUUGCAUACAGUAAAGCUAAUCUAUUUAUCAGUU